GAUCUCUGGAUCAACAUUUCAGAGUAUCUUCCUCAUGGAAGAAGGCAACCAGACACCAGUGUCCUCAAAACAGGCAUUAUAGUCCGAACAACAGAAACCUGAAUGAUCCAUGUGAUCCGCCGUUGUUCCUUCAGACCAAAGCAAACCCUCCAUUGUUGCUACUGUUUUUCUAUUGUAACGAACGACUCUCGUUUUACAAAAGACACCAGUGGACAGGAGGAGCUGGUGCUCAGAUGGGAGGAGGUGGAGCUGCUGUUCCUCACCUUGUGGAGGAGUGGAUCUCCACCAAUAAGAAGCCCUGACUUGUUUCAACUCGCAGUUUAACAAAGUCGCAGAAGUUUGCCUUUCAGAAAACCAAGAAGGAGAAAAAAACAAUGGGUGUCAUACCGCUUCUUCUCCUGUCGGGGUCGCUGUUUCUCUUCGGUCACGUGGAGUCCCAGUCCACUGCUGCAGAUAUGCUGAGAGAUGCUGCACUCCAGGUGAAAGGAUCUCUGACCUGCAAUAAGUGGGACUGCAACUGCACCUUCAAGUACCAGCGCAGCUGCUGCUGUGCCACCAGUGAGCUGUACAAGACAGAGGAAGACACUUUCCUGAGGAUCCACCAUCUAUAUGCAGAUAUAAUGACGCUUAAUUUCAGGGUGAACGCCUUCACAGAAAGCUUCAAAGUCGCCUUCAAGGCUUCCAUGGAUCCAAAUCUGGCGGUUGCGAUUCCUGGUUCCACUGAGCGCUGCUUUGGCCCUUUCAACACCGACGUGCCGAUACCUUACUCCUCUGUGUCUCUCAACGAUGGGAACGGCUACAACCCGUCUCUGGGUAUCUUCACGGCGUCUUGUCCAGGAGUUUACAUGUUUUCCUUCACGGCGUAUUCAGCCGUGGAUAGCACCGGGCGCCUCUACCAUAAAGUUCAGCUGAUGAAGAAUGGGCAGCUGGCGGUCAGCGUGUUGGAGAACAACCGAGAGGAUAACGAAGACAGUGCCACUCAAGUUGUGACUCUGGAGAUGCAGCGAGGCGAUCAGGUCUACCUGCAGCUGAUAUCUGGCAGGAAACUCUGCACCAGUCUGAACUACAACAUCUUCACUGGUUACAUCGUUUAUCCCUACGUUCAAGAGUGAAAAACCAGCUGGAACUGUCUAAUUUGCCUUUUAGCGGAUAGAUUUGGAGAAAAUCCUGAAACAAUUUUGUUCACAUGAAAGCUGUGUACUGCUGAAUAAACGACCACAACUUUU